GUUAGCUCUCCCUCUUUUCCUGUGCCUGAAUGCGAGAGGAACAGGGCGGCUGUAGCCCUCCGUCUUAAUCCGACUCCAUCCUCCCGUAAAGGCACCGUUAACCUUCCUCAAAAUGACCGAACAGAUGACCCUACGGGGGACCCUGAAGGGCCAUACUGGUUGGGUCACCCAGAUCGCAACAACCCCUCAAUUUCCCGACAUGAUUCUGUCUGCAUCAAGAGACCAUACCAUCAUCAUGUGGAAGCUGACCCGCGACGAGACCAACUACGGCAGCCCGCAGCGUAGUCUGAAGGGCCACUCGCACUUCGUUAGCGACGUGGUCAUCUCCUCCGACGGGCAGUUCGCCCUCUCUGGGUCCUGGGACGGCACACUGCGCCUCUGGGAUCUGACGCAGGGCGUUUCCACUCGCCGGUUCAUCGGCCACUCCAAGGACGUCCUGAGCGUGGCCUUCUCCGCCGACAACCGGCAGAUCGUGUCCGGCUCCCGGGACAAGACCGUCAAGCUGUGGAACACCCUGGGAGUCUGCAAGUACACCAUCCAGCUGGAUGAGAGUCACUGCGAGUGGGUGUCCUGUGUGCGCUUCUCCCCGAACAGCAACAACCCCAUCAUCGUGUCCUGCGGCUGGGACAAGAUGGUGAAGGUGUGGAAUCUGGCUAACUGCAAGCUGAAGACCAACCACAUCGGUCACACGGGAUACCUGAACACGGUCACGGUCUCUCCCGACGGCUCUCUCUGCGCUUCCGGCGGCAAGGAUGGGCAGGCCAUGCUGUGGGACCUGAACGAGGGGAAGCACCUGUACACCCUGGACAGCGGUGACAUCAUCAACGCCCUCUGCUUCAGCCCCAACCGCUACUGGCUGUGCGCCGCCACUGGGCCCAGCAUCAAGAUCUGGGAUCUGGAGGGAAAGAUCAUCGUUGAUGAGCUCAGACAGGAAGUCAUCAGCACCAACAGCAAGGCAGAGCCUCCUCAGUGCACCUCCCUGGCCUGGUCUGCUGACGGACAGACGCUGUUUGCUGGCUACACUGACAACCUGAUCAGAGUCUGGCAGGUCACCAUUGGAACCAGAUAGAAAGUCUUUUUUAUAGGAUCUAUCAAUGUUGAAUAAUAAAAACUUAAAGAAUG